ACUCAGUUUCAGCAAUGCCCGUAAAAUAUAACGUGCAGCUGGGCAACCUGCUGCAGAAAUCCGGUUACAAAGAGCAGGAACCUUGCAUACCGGAGGCGUCUACACUCGUCAAGUCAGCUUCCACUCUAACAGCACAGUCUAUUUCACAAGGUGACGAUCCGCGACUGCAAGAACGACGAUGUCCUCUUUGUGGAGAUAUAAUACUUAUUACAAAAGAUCGUUUCAAACCAUGUGAUUGCGAAGCUGUUGAAGUUCACAUUCGCUGUGCUCUAAAAGAUGAGAAGUCGUCACCUCGCAAAUGUGAUCAGUGCGGGAAGAUUUGGCAACAUCAGCUACGGAAACCGCGCGAGAUGUCGGCCGUGAAGCUAUGUGAUGAACUUACUCAAGUAUGUUUUAUUUGUGGAAGCUCAUUAACGAAAUUUCAAUCUGGCUUUCGGUUAGACAACAAAAUGAUACGUCCAUGCUUUUGCGACGUCGUUUGUCAUCAUGGAUGCAUGGUGGAGCGUUUACAGACAACCAAAGUGUGCGAAGUAUGUGGUGCUUCUUACCAGUAUGUUGAGUAUGGAUCUUUGCGAGACUAUUUUGAAAGAUAUUGGUGGCAGUAUUUCGCCUCACUUGUGGUUCUCAUUCUUCUGUUCUCAUUAUCACUCAUAGCGAUCACGAGCAGUACGAGAGAAGUGCAUCAAUUUUCUCUGGGACGCUUGUUUUCCCUGAUCAUCGGCAUAGUCUUGUUCGGACUUUGCGUAAUAUUCUUGUGGAUGUGCAUCAAAUACACUGUAAUGCGCAGAUUACCACGUUUCCAUGCGCGAUAUGCACAGACAACGGUUUUCGAUUACGAGCCUCCCUCAAGACGCCCAAGUCAGAUUCGUGCUAAUUUUCCUCAAGAAAUGCAGCGCAUGGUUUUCGGACCUGAUCUAUGUACUUCUGCUGAUCAGGCUCUUCUUAGAGUUGACUCUUCUGCUUUCAAGCAUAUGUCAAGCACACCUAUAGGAAGCUCACACGUCUUACCUAUGUUUGAUCUAGAAAAAGCGCUAUUCCCAGCUAUCAUCAAAACACAGGUCUAUCUUAGGCAGUUGAAAGAUGGAGAGUACCCGAAAGCCACAUACUAUUGGUCAAACCUGCCAGCCACACAGUACUACAACUUCUAUUAUUUCAAUAUAACAAAUCCAGAUGAAGUGCUCUAUUAUGGAGAAAAGGCACGGUUGGUCGAAUUAGGACCCUACUCGUGGGCCGAAACCGAAUUCAAACAAGAAGUGGAAUUUCGCGAUAAUGGUAACACGAUUUACUACAAAAACAACAAAACGUGGGUCUUUUCUCCUUCAACUUCUUGUAGCAGCUGUCAGCUCGAAGAUCUUCUUAUACUCGGAAAUCCAGCAUUUAUGUCCGUGUUGUAUAUGAAACAACAGCAAAAAUUCGGAAAAUUGAUAACAAAAGUGAUGGACCUUUUGCUCCUAUUUUUAGGAGAGUCUCCUUUGAGAGUGGUAACUCAAGGUGGCGUGUCAUUCGAAUCCUAUCCUGAUCCAUUAAUAACUCUGAUCAACAGCAAUCUUACAAAGACGCUUAUGAAUUUUCUGGGAAAUCCCAUACCACUUCCCAACGUGCCAGCUAUGGGCUAUUUUCCGAAUUAUAACCACACCUGCGAUGAAGAUUACAUCAUAAAGACAGGAAAAGACAAUACUGACAAUUUGGCACUAAUCCAGAAAUGGGCUAAUAUGUCGAAUCUGCCAUGGUGGGGAGACGCCUACUCAAGUGACAUCACUGAAAGCGGAGAUGGAACCUUCCAAAAACCUGGACUAAAGAAGACUGACAGGCUAAAGCAGUUCCAGUCUUUCACAUGCAGAGCCUUCUACCUGCAUUACGAUUCGGAUACGACUGUAAAUGGCAUUGAUGCAAUGAAAUUCAAAAUGGAUGAAGAUACUUAUGAUACGACGCUAGAGCUAAACAAGGGUUAUCGGUACGAAAACACUGAGAAAGUGGAUUACUUUCCAUCCUGGCCAUGUGGAAAUAAUCACACCUACUUUCCAUACAAUGACGGUUGCUCAAAAAUUGACUGUUCCCUCAGGCAGUUUUGGUGCAACACUUGCUGCAACGGUACACAUUACGGUAACACUGUCUACUUCCCACCAGGAAUAAUACCACUUCGUUGCUUGCCAGGCCAAAAUGUUCCACUACCAUUCGCUGGGUUCCUCUCACCUCCACACUUCUUAUGGUCACCGCAGGAAGUGCGAGAUAAUGUGUAUGGGCUAAAACCGGAUAACGUAACCCAUGAGCCGGGUGUCUUCGACAUCCAAGGGCUGACCGGCUCUACAGUAGGAGGCAAUUUUCGGAUGCAGCUUUCAAUCCCGAUCUACAAUGAGGCAUCCUUUACGGAAGCAAAACAGAUCUACAAUGUUUUCCUGCCGGCAUUUUGGGUUGAAAUCAACGUGGUAAUGAGAGACUACGCCCGAAAUUACAUCCACUUCAAUACCAAGGAGCUGCCAAGCAUAAUACUUGGAAUCGGCAUUGGCUGCGUAGUAUUGUCAGCUAUAGCAGCUCUGACAUGGAUAUUUUUCAAGCUUCGAUCGGGUCGGAAUCGAGACGACGAUUAUUUUGAUGGCAUUCCUAGUGGCGAGUCGUGGGAUAAAUAA